AUGAAAAAAAAUUCUAGCAGCAAUACUGAUGUUUUAAAAAUAUUAGACAAGCAACAUGCUAAUGAAGCUGCAGACAAUCAAUCAUAUUUAAUUGAAAUAAUAAGAACAAUUGUGUUUUUAGCUAGACAAGGCGUGGCAUUUCGUGGUCGUUAUGAGAACGAUGAAUCACUUAACAGAGGAAAUUUUCUAGAACUACUUGAGUUGAGAAGUAUAGAUAAUCCAUUAAUUACGAAACAUCUGAAAAAAUUAAAAUUUACUGAUUAUAAAACUCAAAAUGAAAUAAUUGAUUUAGUUCGACAAGAAGUAUCAAAUGGAAUUUUAAAUAAUAGUGAGCGUUCUAAAUAUUUUUCUGUGAUGGUAGAUGAAACAACAGACAUUACUACAGUGCUGAUCAAAAUUCCCUAA